CGUGGAAGGCACGUCGAGCCGCGGCUCCAGGAAGUCACCGGUCCGGUUCAGACUGCGGGGCACGGGACGGACCAGCACCGCCGGGAAGACGCCUCGAACCUCGCGUUCCUCCGCAGCGGCACCGCGGGAACUCCCCGACACCGACCGGCCGCGUGCGCCCGCUGCCACGGAGCGCAGAGCCGCCGCUCCCCUGAAGGGAGCCGGACGGAUUCAACAUGGUGGACGCCACGCUGACUCAGGUGGAGAAACAUCUGAGCGACGCCAUGAGGAUCCUGGAGGACGGGCAGAGUGAGCUGGACGCAGGAACAGAGAGGCCCCGACUCAGCAGGAGCAGCAUCCCAGGACCGCUUCAGGGAGAUGGACGGGACGCCACCGCCGUCCUGCAGCAAGUCCACAGCCUCAUCCAUGAGGACGAGGAGGACGAGGAGGACGAGGACAAGGACAAGCCCAGCCAGCACAGGAUGCAGAGUGUGGCUGAGCAGGGUCACAUGGCCCUGCUGGGCCACAGCCUGGCGGCCUACAUGUCGGUGCUGGACCGGGAGCGGCUGAGGAGGCUGACCACCCGCAUCGUGUCCGACACCACGCUGUGGCUCUGCAGGCUCUUCAGGUAUGAGAACGCCUCCGCCUGCUUCCACGAGGACGACCGGGACGGGCUGGUCAAAGUGUCCCGCCUGGUCCUCCACGCCCGCUACGAGGACUACGCCUGCGAGGGCUUCGCCGUCCUGAGCCCCAGACAGCCCGUCAUCUACCAGAGCGCCUCCUGCAGGCCGGGCCUGGGACAGCACCUCUGCAGCCAGCUGGGCCUGCCUCUCUCCAGCCUGUGCACGGUGCCGUGCAACACCGUGUUUGGAUCCCAGCACCAGAUGGACGUGGCCCUGCUGGAGAAGCUGAUCAGAGAGGACUCGGAGGCCGGGAGGCUCCCGCUGCUGCUGAUCGCCAACGCAGGGACGCCCGGAGCCGGACACACCGACAAGCUGGGCCGUCUGAGGGAGCUGUGUGACCAGUACAGCCUGUGGCUCCAUGUGGAGGGGGUCAAUCUGGCGACGCUGGCUCUGGGUCAGGCCACCUCUGUCGUCACGGCUGCCACCCGGAGUGACAGCCUGACACUGACUCCAGGUCAGUGGCUGGGGCUUCCUGCUGUGACUGCCGUCACUCUCUACAGACACGAGGAUCCGGCUCUGUCUCUGGCAGCAGGCCUGACCUCCAGCCAGCCGGUGGAGAAGCUGCGAGCGCUGCCUCUCUGGCUGUCGCUGCAGUACCUCGGCCACAACGGAAUCGUCCAGAAGAUCACGCACGCCACGGCGCUGAGCCAGCAGCUGCUGCAGAAGUUAAAGUCUCUGGCCUCCAUCAAAACCUCGGAUGUGCUCGACACAGAGAUCUCUCUCGUGGAAGCUUUGAGAAUGGUGGAGGAUGAGCUCAGCUCCCCCGUGGUGCUCUUCAAGUUCUCCCAAGACAUGAGCGCCGCGUCCAGCGGGGGGUCGGUGGAGGCUUUCUGCGCCGGAGAGAGGGAGGUGCUGGACGCCUUCAACGGAUGGCUGGGCGAGCAGCUGGCUCGGCUGGUUCCUGCCAGCGGGGUGGACGUGGUGGAGCUGGAAGACGAGGGGACCUGCGUCCGCUUCAGCCCGCUGCUCACCGCUGCAGUGCUGGGGACCCAGCAGCAGGACGUGGAGGCGCUGGUGGAGCGGCUGGCGGAGCUGCUGCCGGUGAUGAACGCCACCGUGGCUCUGAGGGCGGAGUUCAGGGAGGAGGCCCGCCGCCACGCGCCCUCGCUCUGCUACGUGGAGGAGCUCAGCUGGCCGGGACUCGGAGUGGUCCGGUACGAGCCCGAGGCGGAGGGGAUGGACGAAGGCAGGAGGAAGCAGGAGCUGCAGAAGAUCCAGGCCGAGCUGCUGAAGAAGCUGCAGGAGCUGGACUCGGACAUCGUCUUCUCUGCCGGUCCUGAGUUCGGCCCGGAGGAGGACUGCAUCUUCGUGGGAAUGGUGAGCGAGGACGUGGACGUUCCCGAGCUGGUCCUCACCAUCGCCUCCCUGGGACGGGAGAUAGAGGAGAGCGGGAGGCUGCUGGAGAACAUGACGGAGGUGGUGAGGAAAGGCAUCCUGGAGGCGGAGCAGCAGCUCCAGCAGGCCAGCAUGGACAAGCUGAUGGAGGAGGGCCUGCUCAGACAGAUCCCGGUGGUGGGCUCCAUGCUGAACUGGUUCUCUCCGGUCCAGAGCUCCAUCAGAGGCAGAACCUUCAACCUGGCUGCAGGAUCUCUGGACUCCACGGACGCCACGUACGCGACCAAGGCUCAGGCCGGCCGGCCGUCCUUUCAGGACACGCCUCCGUCCUCGUCCAAGAAGCUUCCAGGUCAAAGGUUAUUCCGACGCUCGGGGACGAGUCUGGACUCCGCCAGCGAGACCGGCUCCGUGGGACACGCCGAGGACCCCACCCCCCACGCUCCAGCAGAACCCGCAGAACCCGCAGAACCCGACACAGCCAGGCCGGACCAGAGCGGCGUGAGCCCGGAGCAGCAGGAGCAGGAGGAGCAGAGUCCCAGAUAGGACCGCUCCUCCAACCGUCCAGGUGUUUGAUGUAGUGAAUGUCGCUGUGUGAGGCGGGGGGAGGAGGGGGCGGAGUCAGCCUCUGCCUUAUGACUCCAGGAACACAAAGAUGUCGGAUCACUGAUGAAGGCUUUAAUAUACUCACUCUUUAAUCUCUCAGCUCUGCUCUUCUUUUCCCGAUCAGACGCUUUGCUGGCUGGUCUGUGAGGCAGCUUCUCUUCCUGUUUCAGCUGAAUGACGUUGCACUAAAGACGAGCCGGGGUGGUGGGGUGGGGGGGAUGGGGGCGGUGGCGUAAUGCCCCUCCGGUGCACUAGGUGGCUGUAGUGACACAUCCAGGGUUCCCCAAACACAUUAGAAUCUGGUUCUGGUCACUGAACCUGCAGUAACGGCUUCUUCUUCUGCUGUCCUGGACGCUGGAGGGGCUCACUGCGCCACCUUGUGGCUCGAGGUGGAAUUACAGGACCGUGGCGCGCCGGUUAUCAAGCUUACUGCACUACAAUUCUCCACUGCUGGUUCUCCUGUUCUGACAGAACUCACACACACUGUUACCUCCACUUAUCGCUCAAACCAACAUGCACAACACAAACAAGGCACAGGACUGCCGGACCGAGAGAAACCGCCUUUCUAUGCACUGUGCUCCACAAGUCAGUUCAUCAAAACUGUGCAAUAACUACGCUUAAAAAAAAAAAAACAUACGACCACCAUGAGCAGGAAAUCACUUUCACUUUAAAAAAAAAAGAAAUUGUUUAAGAAAAUCACAUUUAA